CUUUGUAAUGGAUCUGUAACACAGCGAUUUCGAUUUGUCGCACUCGGCGCUUUCCACUGACAGAAAGACACAUGAUCUGUGUAAUCUGAAGUAACCUUACAACUGCUGUAUUUGUUGUUUUUAGGAAUGUUCUUGGUUCUGUGAGAUGGUUUGAUAGGAGCGUGUUUGGGCUAGCCUCUGUGACAGUGCGCAACACGCGGCAGUGAGACGAUCCCCCCAUACACGCCAGGCUCUUACUGAGGUGUCACCGUGCGAGCUACACCCUCUGAUACCCGACCCCAGGAGGAGGAUGAACUGUGUGGGGAAAAGUUAAUGCAACGUACUGGCGGAGAACAACAGGCUGACAGAUAAAGAUGCCGAAAAAGGAUGAGUAUGAUGAUGACUUUGAGUCUGAAGAGGAACCUGAAACUCUGAUUGCAAAGCCGAUGUCCAAAUCAAAAUCGGGUAACAAACGAGCAUCAAGGAAGGCUAGUAGAAGAACAGGUUCCCCAGCCAGGGUGCGCGCUCAUAGUGCACCCGGGUCAAAGUCUGCACGUGACCUGUGGAUAAAUGCUGUAAAAACAAGAAGUACAGCAAAGCUUGCAAAUGGCCGCCCUCCAGAAAGUCCACGGCGGAAAACGCCCGUUGAGUAUUGGGUAGACACGCUGCGCAGGAGUCGCACAGGUAUCAGCACAGAAAGCACAGGUAUGAAUAGCUUUACAGGACUGAAGAAGGACAACAAACACCUGGCUUACCUGAGUACCCCAUCCUACCUGAGGCAGUUAGCAGGGACAGAGAAGCCCCGCAGAGAGGCAGACCUCACCAAUCGCUCUGCGCCCGGCACACCUGCCUAUAAGUCAUCAGAGGAGUACUAUGAUGAAGUCAUACAGCUCAAAAAGCAAGUAGUGGCCUUAAAUCAUGAAGUGUCAACGGUCAGAGCUAAGCUCAGGAGAACAGAGGAGGACAAUAUCAAAAAGGGUAAAGACAUUGAACAGUUACUAGACCCCAGCAAGAGUGAAGAGCUAAGGCGGACCUUAGGGGACAGGAAGCCCGAGUCUGGAGCGGUUAUACACAGCUUAAAGCAGAAAAUAUUAAAAUUAGAAACCCAGCUCCGAGAUAAAGAGACAGCGUACACAAAGUUACAGAGUGAUUUAAAAACAACUAAGCUAGAUGAGAUGAAGACCCAAAUGGAUGUGUUGUACCAGGAGAUUGUCAGAUUACACAACACUAAAGACACAGGCUUUGGGAAGGCUACAAGACCAAGUAAAGAGAACACUGUCAAGGUGAAGGCGCUGAAUGAAACUAUCCUACGUCUGAAUGAGAACAACCAGACGCUGAUGACGGAGAAUAAAACACUGAAGGAAGAUCUGCAGAAGGCUCUGGAUGACGGGGCUGUUCCCAAAUCAGAACGAAUGAAGGAUUAUGCGGAUAUGAAUAAGAGAGAGUUGCUGAGCACAUUGUCAGCCAUGAAGAAGAGGCUGGAUAAAGCUGAGCGUGCCGUUGACCUGGCAGAUGGAGACUCCAUUUCUCAACUUUCUGUGGACAGUCGCCGUGGUGAUGGUCCUGUCUCAGGUAAGAUAGUGCUGGAGGGCAGUACAGAGGAGAGGCUGACCCAGCUUGACCACAGGGAGACCGAGCUUCUAGACGAAAACCAGCGCUUAAAGACUGUGAUCAAGCGCCUGAGGGAAGAUCGCCAGUUGUACCGCACACAGCCUAAUGGAAAAAGUCUAGACCACAGGUCUCCACGACCAGAAGGCUCGGUAAGCGGUAGGGUCAGCCGCAGAGGCUCAACCCCACGAGGCAGAACACCAACUCCUAGAGAGAGGAUCCUCACCCCCAGAGACAGGCUGCCCUCCCCUGGAGCGAGGAAGUCCAGACAGGGCAGUGUGGCAGAAUCUUCGCGCAGUAGUUAUCGUUCAGAUGGUGAGGACCUGCGCAAGAGAGCUGAACGUUUCCAGAGGAAUCAUGCAGCCAAAAGCAUCCAGCGAGAGUGGCGAGCGCAUCGCAGUCGACAGGAAGAUGAACAGGCUCAGCAGUUUGAAUGGCGAAUAAGGCAUUUCCUAGAAAACAGGUCCGCCAAAACAAUCCAGCGGGAAUGGAGAGAUUAUCACCAACGAGAACUCGAUAGUAGGGUUAGAUGCUUCAGGGAGCAGCGGGCGGCUAAACGGAUUCAACACGAGUGGAAGGGAUACCGUAGCCGCAAGCAUGAGGCCGACAAGGAGGAUGCAACUGUGUCCAUCCAGGCAGCGCUGAGGGGUCACUCAGCCCGGAAGAGACAUAUGGCAAUGUACAGAGACUUUGAUGAUGCUAGCAGUACGCUGACGGACGACAGCUAUGAAGGUGCCAUCAACACCAUACAAUCCAGUCUGCGCGGUCACAUCGCACGACGACAGCGAAUGAGAACUGCCAGGUAUGAUUCCACAGCAGAUGAAGAUGAGGAUGAAGAUUAUGCGUCAUCAAGGAGACGUAGUGCAAGACCCCUCUCAGGAAAAUCUCUGUCCAGCUCAAGUUCAUCAAGACAUGGUCACAAUCCUGCCGGCAGAACUAGUAUAUUUUCUGCAAGAAAAAGCCCAUCAUAUGAUGAUGACGAUGAUGAAGAUGAUGAUGACAUUGUCGUAGGGUAACUGAUGGGGAUUCUCUCAUGGGGAAGAGGAUAUCAUUGCAAUGCUAUUGUGAGAUAUCGUCCAGAAGUAACCUGCGCUGAUCUCACACAUUUUCUGUUAAGCUCAAACAAGGACAUUAUUGACUUACAGUGAACUGGUGAUAGAAAGUAGGGAUUCCUGUGGGCAGGGGUCUGCAGGAUCCCAUCUGAAAACUGUUUUGCUGCAUGGAUGUGUUCAAUAAAUGAUCCCAUUAUCCCAAAAAAGCUUUUUGCUCUGCUUCAGCUAAAUCAUAGGAAAUCAUAGCCCAGAUAAUUGCUGGGCUCAGGUGGUGUAAACUUGUGUACUUGAUCUAUGAUAAAAUCAAGCCAUGUUUUAGAUGUAACUUAAUGAAACUUAUCCCUGCGCCUUAUUUGUUUAUAUUACUAAGGACAAAAUUAUUUAAUGUAAAGGGGAAAUAUUUGUGAGUUACGUGCAUACAAUGUAAUUUUUGUGAAAUAUUUAUACGGUAAAAGAAUCGUUUUGCUAUACAACUAAUUAUUAUGAUGACAACAGAUGUACAUGUAAUGUUGUCCAAUCCGUCCAUUGCAGUAAACUUUUUUAAGUACAGGUACAUUAUUUAUAUAGCAAGCUAGAAUUAUAAGAAAGUUUGUGUCAGAUAUUUGUAAAGAACGACUACAUGUGUAUUAAAAAAAAGCUGUUUUUUUAAUAUUUUGGAUGAAUGUAUUUACAUUUACAUUUUUUUGUAUUAGUGUUGGUUAUUCAUCCGUAUAUGUAAAUGUUGGGACAUUGAGGAUCUCCCUAAGAUAGGCAUAAUAUGUUUUUUUUUUAUGUUCCUGGGGCUGCUUUCACAAAGAGAUCAGAAGCCUAAACUGAUUGUAUAUCAUUAAGAUUGUAAUUGUAGCCCUAACUUACAUUUGACACCCUCUGGCAAGAAGGGAUUGUAAGCUAUGAUGGAUGGAAUUUACAAUCAGAAAUUAUGCCUCAAAAUUAAUGUUAAGUACAAAUAUUUGCCUUAAGUAGACUGUUAGACAUCAGUAAUUUCCACUCAAGUUGUCAAGUUUGCAAUGAUGUACAACUUAAUUGUCUCAAAAACAUGUUUGGAGAAUUUUUCAACAUGUUGUUGACAUCUGCUGAAUCAUUAUGAUGUAGAAGUCUUUUGAAAAUGAAGGCCAGACAAAUUUAUUGAGUGGUAUAUUUAUACAGACCACCAUGAUGUACAAGUCAAAUCUGGCAUGUGAUCACAGUUAUACUCUGCAAAGGUACAGUCAUCUUGCUAUACCUUUGUGCAAACAGCGUAAUUUCAUUUUACCAUCAGUUGUAAACUUACAAUCUGUUGUAGCUACAAUCUCUUUGUUCAAGCAGACCCAGAAAUUUUCUUGGAAUUCUGCAUUUCUCAGAUCGUAUUGUUAGUUUCAGAAUCUGCUUGGUUAUAAAUACUGUGUAAGGUCAGAAAAAUAUUGAAAAUGAAUGGGAAAAAUAGUUACAGAUACAAGUAGAUACAUGUAGGAAGGAAGAUCUUGUGAAAGACUAUACAUACUUAUUUUUAGACAGAUAAUUUUUUGGUAUCUCAGAAUAAUUUACAUACUUGUAACAUUAAUAAAGCAAAUUCAAAUUUGUUUAGACAUAGUGGUGUAUAAUAUCUUGAGACUAAUCGCCUGUGAGUUUUCAAACACUGAAAUGUUUUGUAGAUGCUGGUUAACCUUUACUGUGCAGGUCAUUUGUCAAUCUCAAUACUUCUACUUUAACUAAAUUAAGUCAAGUGCAGCAGAUUAGGCACUUAAUUGAUAUACAUGUAUGUAUACUACAGGCUACCAGAAACAGCACAAUAAACAAACAUUUCAGGGAAGGUAAGGCAGCAUGGUAAUAAACAUUUCAGGGUGGUCAGUGUUUUAGUGACAGUUAAUGUACAUGUAUAUAUUUUCGGAAUUACUGAAUUAUUGCUGAAUUGAUGCGCCUUCUGUGGAUGAACUAAAUAUACACAUACAUAUAUGAAGAAUUGUUCUUAGAGGCAUGCAGUGGUGCUGAUUAAUAAUUCUCCUGGGUGGGGAAAGUGACACUGAUGGUUAUGAAACGCUGGACCAUGGGGGUCAGGCUCUUGCACAUACACUGAAGGGUAAUAAGGUAUAUAUUACAUGAAGCUGUCAUAUGGAUUAUGGAAGAAUGUCAUAAUACUAAUAUUCACAAAAGAUUGGUGAAUUGAGCCAUAGCAGUUGCCAUAUGACACAUGGGAGUUUUGUAUGCGUUACAAGGGAUUGAUGAAAUGAGCCAGUGGCAGUGUUAAUAAUAAAAUACUUACAUUAUUUGGUGAUCUGUUUCGAAUUUCAACUGCUAAUUUAUUAAAAAUACCAAUUUCUUUAAUCAUGUAUGGUUGGUUCUUAACACCUGAAUGUCCUCUGUAAAUUACAUAUGUCCAGAUUGAUUAAUAAUAUAUGUGUAUUUUACCUGCUAAUCAUGUUCAUUUGAGCUUUAGAUUAUAAUAAAAUUUUAGAAAUAUGUA